AUGACUACAAGCACUCAGGUUAAUACAGUAACUACAUCUACUCCAUCCGCAUCACUGUCCGUACCACCGUCUGUACCACCGUCCGGAGCACCAUCAGCCAACACAAUCAACAUUAAUUUUGACUCUCUUAAUGCCUACACUGUAUCAGUUCGCUUCAAUGCUGCUACCGUGGCUCAAGAAGAUCAACAUCCCAACCACUCGCAUGAUUGGAUACUCGAUUCUGGGACUGUUGAAACAAUGACUUAUUCUAAAUAUUACUUCACGUCCUUUACUCCCUGCGUACACACAGCCAAAACUGCUACUGACAAGGCCUUUCAGACUGUUGGCUACGGCACUGUUUUGAUUGAAUUGGCAGAUGAGCAGAACAGACCUUGUGGACUUUUGGAGAUUGACCGCGCUUGGUACAUGCCGGCGCUCUCACAUAAUCUUAUUUUGUGUAAGCAGCUGGCACGCCAGGGUGUCUAUAUACAUAUCAAGACCAAAGAGACCACUGUUCUUAUUCAACACGGCAAGCAGAUUGGCUUCACUACUGCUAAAGAUGCUUAA